AUGGCAGAAGCAAAAGAAGUAGACAAGAACGUUAUCUUACUCCCUCAAACUAACCAAUUGAUUGGGUUAUACUCGAUUAUCCGUGAUCAAAGAACUAAGAGAAGUGACUUUGUCUUUUAUGCUGACAGAAUCAUCAGAUUGUUGGUUGAAGAAGGGUUGAACCAAUUGCCCGUUGAAGAAGCAAUUAUAAAAUGUCACGGAGGCCAUGAAUACAAAGGAGCCAAGUUUUUGGGUAAGAUCUGCGGUGUAUCUAUUGUAAGAGCUGGAGAGUCCAUGGAAAUGGGGUUGAGGGAUUGUUGUCGGUCAGUGAGAAUUGGAAAGAUUUUAAUUCAACGUGAUGAAGAAACAGCCUUGCCUAAGUUGUUCUAUGAGAAGUUACCUGAUGACAUUAGAGACAGAUAUAUUUUCUUAUUAGACCCGAUGUUGGCCACCGGUGGGUCAGCUAUGAUGGCCGUGGAAGUUUUGUUAUCUCGUGGGGUUAAGCUGGAACAAAUCUUCUUUUUGAACUUGUUGGCUGCUCCUGAAGGUAUCAAGGCGUUCCAUUCCAAGUACCCUGACGUUAAGAUUAUUACUGGUGGUAUUGAUGAGAGAUUAGAUGAAGAUAAGUAUAUCGUACCAGGUUUAGGUGAUUUUGGUGAUAGAUAUUACUGUAUUUAA